AUGUUUUCGGUAGCUUGGAAUAGUUUCGCUACACUUGCUGUAGCCUCCUUUUCACCUGAUCCUGUCGUUGUUGGAACAACUGAUGCUUUUGCUAUCACUGGAAUACUAAAUUACGAUAUCAUCGAAACCGACAACACUUCAAGUGAUCCCAUUAUUGUGCAGCCUUGUAAUGGAAGUAGUUGUCCAAUUAAAACUAGAACACCAAUUGCUCAAACAGUGCAAGUUUUAGUACCAAAAAAAUUACCGAGUCCAUACAGUAUUGGAGUUGCUGUUAGGAGACUACCUGACAGGAUAAUAUGCUAUGCAACUAAUUUAGCAAAAGUGUGGCCUGUGUUUGCGCUUAUUAUUGUUGCUCGUGCUACGUUGACAUCUGAGAAUUCAACACUCUUAGGUGAUCCUAUGAAAGCAGAAGGAAAGACUUUAGGGAGGGAAAUACCAGUGAAAAUUAGCAUAUUCCUAACAUCAGCCAAAGACGUGAAAAGAUCUGAUCCAUUCGUUCAACAAAUUCCAAGACAAGGACGGCAGUUUUCUGGUAGUUCACAAUUGCUUCAAUAUGACCUGAAUCUACAUUUACUUUGUGUGCUGGUAACAUCCCCAGCUAUAACACAAUAUCUCAUAAGAUGUCCUUGUCCAGGUUUCUCUAGCAGAACUAACAGGUUGUUCUUUGCUUUCCUGAACAUUGGUGGCUCUGUAUUCUACCCCCAGAAAGAUCGUGUAGUAGUGAAGGACGAGCAUUUGAAAAGGUAG